AUGGGUCUCGAGCGAUCCUUCUGGCUUUCCAGCAAACGCUCGACAAGAUACUCAUACUCAAAUCAGAAGAAAGAAUUUCUCGGCUGCAAUGGAUUGGCCGUGAUCGUUGCCGCCGCCGAGAUUCGACCGUCGCCGCUACUGCUGCGGCAGUUCUUCUUGCUUCACUUGAUUGCUUGGUAG